AUGAUACUAACGCAACAAGCCAAAUUAUACGGUAGGAAUUGGCGGAAAUACACCCUUCAAACUCUAAACGCUCCUCUUAAUUCGCAGAACUUAAUCCCACUUUGGAAGGAUUAUGGCAUCUGCCACCGAACGCAUCUGGAAAGCAUCCCAUUAACAAGCGAGAAGCACGACAGCAGCUCUGAAGGAAGAAAAGCAGAAAAAAAUAAGAUGGAUUGGAUGAAAUUACGUUCAUACGCCGGGAAGAGGCAAAUGCAAAAGAAAAUACGUUGUGCUUCUCCAUUGCCUGCUAAAACAGCACCUGUUGCAAUGGCUAGAAUGAAGAGUAAAGCCAAAACAUCUCAGGAGCAUCCAAAUCUGCUUUCUAAAUUUAGCUGUGAUCCCCAGGUGAAAAGCACUGUUGGUAAAAAAAAAGGCAAAAUGAAAAGCAUUGUUACAAAAGCAUUACCAAAAAUUCAAGAAUAUUCUGAUGUGACUCAGAUGGUUUGUCCUUCAUCUGAAGAAAGGAUUGAAUUAAAUUGCAGUGAAUAUAGAGUUCCGGAGGUAACCAAGAAUAUCAAUGACAUGAAAACAACUCCUUUAAAGGAUUCCUUGCACUUAGCCUCUGCAAGUACACAAAGCCUGAGAUACAGUGAUGCUACUUCAGGAAUGACAUUACCAACAGGAGUUUCAGACUUUUUGCUGGAAUGUUUGGAUAUGGAGACUACUCUGGACUGUAGUUAUACCACAACUAUUGAUUCUACAAGUAGUUAUUCAUCACCUGAAAUAUUCAGGGAUGAAACUGGUUUAGAACCAUUAACUUCAGAAGACACUGUUACUCCUGAAACACACCAUGCGUGCAAAAAUUCAACUCUCUUGGAUACCAGCAAAGCCAUCAAUGUAGACAAGAUGUCGCAACUGCCAAACCUUUCUAAAAUACUCGGGAAACAAGUGUGUAAAAUUUUGUCUGCAAAUGAAAAAGGACUUAAAUCACAGCCUUCUGGGGGUUCAUUAUUGCUUCCAGAACGAAAAAAGAAGAUUGAGGAUCAGCAACCCGUCAAAAGGAAAUGUAGGAAAAAAAUAACAUUUGAAAAUGUAUGUUCUAUAUCCUCUCCUCAUGUACCGUCUUUCUUUGGAAAAAACAGUUCAAAGGAAAUGUGUGGGAUUGUAGCAUCCAAACCAUCAGAUGCUGACAUGAUAAUGUUCUUCUAUUUCAUUCAGUAUUUACGGAGCCCACCAGAAAUCUGCUCUAUUAUUCAAGCUUCACCAGGAUUUAAACCACUGAAAGUACUCCAACAUCCAACAAAUAGAAAAGAAGGGUUUCUACCACCAGAGGCAACUGAAGAUAUUAUUACAAGCUCAAAAUACUGGACCUGUGGUAAUGACAGCUGA